UUUGCUUUAUGGAAGAAGAAGAAUUUGGACAUAACAUUUUGGUAAUUUUAUUUGUAAUUUUACCUAGCGAGUGUCUAAUAGAUUCUACAAAUUUGGUGAAUUUAACUCCCUCCUGAUUUAUUGCACCUUGAAAUUCAUUUUUGGGUGGUUCACGUUUUGGUGAACGUUUCAUGGGAUUUGUUGAAGAUGAGCUCCAUGAAGUUAAAAAAUUGUGCAAAAAUGUUGCUGGUACAAAACUUAUUUCCUGUGUGCCCAUAAUGGUUCGCGCCGAAAUAAAAAGAACAGAUUUUAAAAAGCUGGUGGUUUGUCUGCAGUUUCCAAAGGAGUAUCCCAAUGCAUCAUUGCUUAUAGAAUUAAAAAGUAAAACUCUUUCCGAAACACUUUUACUUGACUUAACUAAUAUAUGUGAACAAGAAACAAAGAAAUUUCUAGGAAAACCGCAAAUUUUACACAUUAUUAAUUUAUUAAGAAAAUUCAUUGAUACAACUCCCCUAUCAUGUUGUUAUGAUGAAAUAAAGGCUUUAAGACAAAUCCUAAGUGAACAAGAUGAGUUGAAGCUAAAACAAAAGACAUCUAGUUUGGCUUUAAAGAUUUGUAAUGGAAGAUAUUAUCUGGUUUGUAGGUUAAGUAUCCCAGAUAAUUAUCCUCAACAAUGUGUUGAUCUUCAAGACACAGACACAAAUUUCUCACCGACAUUCUACAGACAUAUGGUUGCUCAAGCAAAAGAAUUAGCAAGAAGAUGUGUGGAGCCACCUUUAAAGAGAAAACCAAAUGAUCCACCUUUUUCACCUGGACCAUCCUUGGAGAAAACAGCCUCUUUUCUUAUUGAUUGUGUCAAACGUCUACCAGAAGAAGAUUGUUGUUUUUGUGGAAAAUCGUGUUUUCCUGAUGAUCCUAAUCUACUUGAGAGAGAUGAAAAUUCUCCAAAUCAUAUCGAAAGAAUAUAUUGCAGUCAUCUUUUUCACCAAGCAUGUCUACUAGCUUUUCUAAAACAGCCCCCCUUUGGCAACAAGAAAUGUGCAAAGUGUGGCAGUAAAAUUAGUCAUUUUAAAUGGUCACUCAGUGAUAAGCUGGCUGAGGCGAGAUGGGCGCAUGAGCAAGCCAGGGAAAGGGAAUUACAAGAAGUGACAGAUUUCUUUAAUUGAUUUAUUUACAUUAUUUUUACUUAA